GUUACUUGUUACUUGUUCUGAAUAUUAUAAUGUCUAAGUCUGACUUUGUUGUUAAAGUAGCAAACAUUGUAAAUGAUUAUAAAUAAUACGUGAUUGUGAGGGCGCCAUAUUGCUGUGUGACACUUUCGAGGCGAGUGUGGUUAUCACACCUUCGGGCGCGUUUGCGGCGCAAUUUAUUUGACGAGCACUCGAAACGCCGGCCGGUAAUUCAAAUCGACAACCAAAAUAUCACACGCGAUCGAAACAAACAAUACUAUCCGUAUCAGUCUAGCGUUUAUGACAUCGGAGGAUUCAAUUUAUUGUCAUUUGUGAUACCAGUGUUUAAUCGACAACAUACACAAUGAUUUAUAUAACAAUUUUAGUCAUUAUUACACAAAGUUGUAUGUCAUAUGUGCAUAAUGGUGUGCAUAUGACAUUUCGUUCUUGGGAUGAGGGUAACCUCAAAAUUCAACCUACAACCACAGAAAAACCUGAUUUGAACUGGAUAGCUGUCAAAAAAGUACUUGAUCAAAUGGCUCCACACUUAGAAAAGUCUUCCAUUGUUAUUCCUACGUUAAGUGCUCCAAAUGGUAAAGAACCAACUGAAACAGUUCAGUUUCUAGAUGUCGUUGUUGUCAACUGGCUGUCAGAUGUCAUAAAACAAUGUGUCACUACUUUUAACACUCUUGAUAGUCUUGAUGACCAUGAGAGUGAUGAUAGGAAUUAUGAAUUUAAAUUAGAUGAAAAAGUUAUUAUUGUUAAUUUUACAAUUCCACAAAUAUUGUUUUCAGGACGUUUUUUGUUCAAUUCAGACGGCAAACAAGGUGCUGUGCAUUGUGCAAUGGACAAGAUGGCGGUCGGCAUGUUUGUGCACUUUUCAAAGUCUAAUAAUAUUGUAUACGUGGAUAAUUUUCAGAUGCAACCACCGGAAAAAAGUUAUGUUUUAACUUCAAACGACGAAGAAAUUGCUGGUAAUAAAGGUUAUGUUAACGAAAAUGACAGAAUGGAAUCCGAAUGGAAGCUGGCAAUAUGGCUGACUAUCAAUAAACUAAUAGAGGAUUAUUUAAAAGAUUUUAUGUUGACCGAUGAUUCGUUUUUCACGUAAUUGUAAAUUUAAUUAAACUUAAACUACGUCUGUGAUAUACUCAUAUAGUACGAAAUAGUAUGCAACCAAAUUAACGAAUGUAAAUAAUAAUAGUGUUUUUAUUUGUA